AUGGUUCAACUGCAGGAUAUCAAAGCCUCCAAUGCUCGACUAGCCUCUACCCUCCCUGGCCUGGUUGCCGUCUUUGUUGGUGCGACGAGCGGCAUUGGGGAGUUCACGCUCAAAGAGUUGGCACGUCAUGCACGCUCGCCGCGUGUAUAUUUUACUGGCCGCUCACAAGAAGCCGGCGACCGCAUUGCAGCUGAGUGCAGCGCGUUAAACCCCGAUGGAAUAUUCACGUUUAUCAAGGCAGAUACGAGCCUUCUUCGUAACGUGGAUGCCGUGUGUUGCGAUAUCAAGACCAAGGAAGAGUGUAUCAACCUGCUUUUUCUGAGUGCAGGAACGCUCGUCCAAGGCGAAUACACGGCAGAAGGGCUCGACUUGGAUCUUGCCUUGAAAUACUACUGCCGCACACGCUUCAUUUCCAAUCUGCUCCCUCUCCUGAAAAAGGCAACGUCUCUCCGCCGAGUGGUCUCUGUCGCUGCCGGCACGAAAGAAGGACCUGUUGACCGAUCCGAUCUCUCUGCUGCCAAGAAUUUGGGCAUGCUCGCUCGUCGAGCUCAUUUCACCACCUUCAUUACCCUGUCACAUACCAUCUUUGCUGAGAAAGCACCAGAAGUCUCUUUUGUGCAUGACUAUCCCGGUGCCGUCAAAUCUGGUAUAUUUCGUGGCAACACAGGUGUAGCCAUGUUGCUAGUUAGAGCGGCCCUCAAAGUUAUCGGCCCCUUCGUUUACAUUCCCUCUGAAGAGUCCGGCCAACGCCAUGUAUACCUCUCCACAAGCGCUGCAUUUCCUGCAGCAGCAGAGAGUAGAAACACUGGUACAGCACGUGGCCUUCCAUUGGCAGCUAAUGGACAUGUUGCAAGAGGGAUUGAUGGCAACAAGGGCAGCGGUGUUUACUCAGUUGAUCAAAACUGUGAGAGUGCGGGACAGGCUGUCGAGGAACUGCUUGCUAAUCUGAAGAAUGAUGGAGUGCGCGACGAAAUUUGGGAGCAUACACAGAAGGUUUUUGAUGGAAUCACUGAGGCUAGAAAAGUCUAG